GUGGCUCUCCCCGCGCGGGCCGCGUGCCUCCCGGCUCCGUCUCGGCGGCCGGCGCGAUGACCAAGAUCAAGCCCGAUCCGGACGCGCCGGAGACCCCGGUGGAGGCCAACAGCGGGGAGCGCACCUACCACGAGCUCCUGGUGAAUCUGAACCCCAUUGCUCAGCCCCUGGCCUCGCGGCGCCUCACGCGGAAGCUCUACAAGUGCAUCAAGAAAGCCGUGAAGCAGAAGCAGAUUCGGCGCGGAGUGAAGGAGGUGCAGAAGUUCCUCAACAAAGGCGAGAAAGGGAUCAUGGUGCUGGCUGGGGACACGCUGCCCAUUGAGGUGUACUGCCACCUGCCGGUCAUGUGCGAGGACCGCAGCCUGCCCUAUGUCUAUAUCCCCUCCAAAAUGGACCUGGGCGCUGCAGCAGGCUCGAAGCGGCCCACUUGCGUGAUCAUGAUCAAGCCGCAUGAGGAAUAUCAGAAUGCCUACGAUGAAUGUCUGGAGGAGGUGCAGGCCCUGCCCUCUGUCCUGUGACCCAAAGAAUUGAGGGGAGGAUGCAGCACUGCAGGUUGGCACAAGCCUGGGGCUUAACUCAAGGCAGCCCCCAGUCUAGGAGACGGAGGACAGUAAAUGCUAAGAAAUGCU